AUGGAAAUGCCACACAAUAUCACAGAGUUUUUCAUGCUGGGACUCUCACAGAAGCCAGAGAUACAGAGAGUCCUCUUUGUGGUUUUUUUGAUCAUCUAUGUGGUCACCGUGUGUGGCAACAUGCUCAUUGUGGUCACCAUUACCUCCAGUCCCACCCUGGCUUCCCCCAUGUAUUUUUUCUUGGCCAAUCUGUCCUUUAUUGAUACCUGUUAUUCUUCCUCUAUGGCCCCUAAACUCAUUGCGGACUCCUUGUGUGAGGGGAGAGCCAUCUCUUUUGAGGGUUGCAUGGCUCAGCUCUUUGGGGCCCAUUUCUUGGGAGGUGUUGAGAUUAUUCUGCUCACGGUCAUGGCCUAUGACCGCUACGUGGCCAUCUGCGAGCCUCUGCACUACACGACCACCAUGACCAAGCAUCUCUGUGCCCUGCUGGUGGGGGUGGCUUGGCUGGGGGGCUUCCUGCAUUCACUGGUUCAGCUCCUCCUGGUCCUUCAGCUGCCCUUCUGUGGGCCUAAUGUGAUCAAUCACUUUGUCUGCGACCUAUACCCCUUGCUGGAGCUCGCCUGCACCGACACAUAUGUCAUUGGCGUCCUGGUGGUGGCCAACAGUGGUGUGAUCUGCCUGUUGAACUUCCUCAUGCUGGCUGCCUCCUACGUUGUCAUCCUGCGUUCCUUGAGGUGCCACGGUGCCGAGGGGAGGCGCAAAGCUCUCUCCACCUGUGGGGCCCACUUCACUGUUGUUGCCCUGUUCUUUGUGCCUUGUAUAUUUACUUAUAUGCGGCCAUCGUCUACUUUGUCCAUGGACAAAAACAUGGCAGUAUUUUAUGGUAUUCUGACGCCUAUGCUGAAUCCACUCAUUUACACCCUGAGAAAUGAAGACGUAAAAAAUGCCAUGAGAAAGCUCUUCAUUCAGUAA